AUGCAGAGUCCAAAGCCCCACCCACCACCCGCAGCUCUCAGUGAUACAGAAGGGAUCUUUAGAAUCGGUCUGCCUCAAGUCGAGACGGAUAUGCGUCUUGCAAAAAUCAUUCCAAAUCCAUUCAUUCAAAAACCGGAUGGUGGACCGCCUCCGGACAUGAAGCAAUACUAUCACCCUCACUGCUUGUUCGAGAUGUUCUUCAAAGCUCGUGCCAAUACCAAAGUUAUCGAGGGAACCGAUGACAUUGAAGGUUUUGAUGGUCUGAAAGACGAGGAUAAAGAGGUUGUACUGAAGUUUAUCGACGAGCUGACCGAACUCAGAGAGAAAAAGGGUGAGGGCAAGCCGACUACGAAGAAAAAAGCAGCUGAUACUACUUCACCGGCAAAGGCUCCGUCAGCAUCGAAGAAGGCAGAUAGUAAGGAAACUAAGGAGUCCCCAAAGAAGUCUAAGGAUAAAGCUAAAGAGAAGUCAGAAAGCAGCAAGAAUUCCAAGGAAGAGAAAAAGGAAAAGGAGGAGAAAAAUUCUGAUGAACCAAAUGAAGAGUCCAAGUACAACUCAUUCAACAAGGUAUGUCUUUUGGUAUUAGUUGUAUAUAGUCCACUCGGGUACGCCGUAGGAGGGGGUCCCGAAUGUGAAGGGAAAGGAACUUCUUUACCGGGAGGUGUAAAAUAGAG